AAUAGCAGUCUUCAAUUUUGAUUGUAUUUCUUCAGUAUAUAUUAUUAAGAUUAUAUUAGUUUUCAUUCAUAUUUUUCUAUGUCGGUGAGAUGUAUCCUACAAGACAUAAAACAAAUUUAUAAUUCGCAGCUAUUUGAUAGGGUUACAUUAAAAUAAAUAUAGCAUAUGAGUGUUUAACAUGCUUUACAGUCCCAUGUAGAUCGUAUUCAGUUGAGUCUUGAAUUUUCGUUGCUAUAGUUGACUGAGAAAGGAAGUGCAAUGAAUUCUGUCUGUUACGACGGGGUUAAUGAUAGACUUAUACACGAAGCUGAUCAACUAAUUUCUUAUAUCGAACGUGGUUCCAAUGUCUUUAAAUUUUUUCCGCGAAAAAGACCCGAACGACGUACUCUUCUAGUGCGUCGCGAAACUCAUCAAGUAAUUUGGUGUAGAAUUGGAUCAACACAGAGGCAUUCUUACGAUGGUGCCUUAGACAUACGCGAAAUCAAAGAAGUAAGAAUUGGUAAAUCCUCAAAAAAUUUUGAGAGGUGGCCAGAGGAAACAAAAAGACUAGAGAAUUCUAAAUGUUUCACAAUUUACUAUGGAACCGAAUUCAAAUUGCGGUCGGCAUCUUUUUCAGCUCAGAUGGAUAAAGAGGUUGAAGCUUGGAUAAAGGGAAUAAGAUUCCUUAUUGAGGAAGCUGUUAAUGCUUCAUACCCCUUGCAAAUUGAAAGGUGGCUUAGAAAAGAAUAUUAUAUAAUUGAAAAUCCUCAUGAAAAGAUCACUCUGAAAGAAGUUAAAGCAUUUCUGCCAAAAAUUCACUGCAAAAUAUCAACAAGCAAACUAAGGGAUAUUUUUCAAGAAGUUGAUACAAGCAAAAAGGGAGAGAUUGGUUUUGAUGACUUUUCUAUUCUUUAUCACAAGUUGAUUUUUGAUGAAAGUAAUGUUCAUGAUGUAUUCAAUAAGUAUUCCAUAUAUUCUACCAAUGGCACCACAAUAUCACUUCAUGAAUUUCAACGAUUUCUUCUCGUGGAACAAUAUGAUAGGCUUGGCGAAGAUGAGGGAUUCACGUCACAAUUUAUCAGGGAGUAUCUUAGAGACCCCCAGAGGGACAUACAUGAACCAUAUUUUACACUUCAUGAAUUCAUCGAAAUGUUGUUUUCCAAACAAAAUACUGUUUGGGACAGUGCACAUAAUGUGGUCACGCAGGACAUGACGAGACCCCUUGCACACUAUUGGAUUUCGUCAUCUCAUAACACCUAUCUGACUGGAGAUCAGUUUUCAAGUGAAUCCUCCAUUGAAGCGUAUGUGCGUUGUCUGAGGUCUGGUUGUCGUUGCAUUGAAUUAGAUUGCUGGGACGGUCCAGACGGAACGCCUUUUAUAUAUCACGGUCAUACUCUGACAACGAAAAUAAGAUUCAUGGAUGUACUUAGAACAAUAAAGGAGCACGCCUUUAUCACUUCUGACUAUCCACUGAUUUUGUCAAUUGAAGACAAUUGCUCAUUACCACAACAACGGCGAAUGGCGAGCGCCUUCCAAGAUGUUUUUCGAGAUAUGCUUCUAGUACAUCCGUGUGAAAAGAAUGAGACCUGCCUACCCUCACCUCAUGACUUGAGGAGGAAAAUCAUUUUAAAACAUAAAAAACUACCUGAAGGUGCUGAAGAAAAUUCAUUUGCAGUACGUCAAGAGGAAGGAAAAGAUCUCGAUCUGAGGAAUACUAUUAAAAAUGGGAUUCUCCUUCUCGAAGAUCCCGUUGACAAGGAAUGGAAUCCUCACGCUUUUGUUCUUACCGAGAACAAACUAUAUUAUACAGAGCAUUACAGCACACCAGGGGAAGCGGAUAUAGAUAGCGACGGUGAACAUGAGAGUGAAACGACCAGUAUACCACCAGACGAAUUACAUAUCAGUGAAUGCUGGUUCCAUGGCAAAUUAGCUGGCAAUAGGCAAGAGGCCGAGGAUCUUUUGAGGGCGCAUUCCCAUCUAGGCGAUGGCACAUUUCUUGUUAGGGAAAGUGUAACGUUUGUUGGAGACUACUGCCUUUCGUUUUGGAGACAAGGCAAAGUGAACCACUGCCGUAUAAAACUGAAGCAAGAGAGAGGGAUAACGAAGUAUUAUUUGAUUGAUACUGUUUGUUUCGACAGUUUGUACAGCUUGAUAACUCAUUAUAGAACGCAUCCUUUGCGUAGUCAAGAGUUCUUGAUUACAUUAAACGAGCCGGUUCCUCAGCCAAACAAGCACGAAGGGAAAGAGUGGUACCAUCCAUACUGCACACGGGCCCAAGCAGAGGAACUAUUACGCAAAGCCAAUACAGAUGGCGCUUUUCUUGUGAGGCCUAGUGAAAAAGAACACGGCUCUUAUGCAAUCACAUUCAGGACUGAAAGGGAGAUAAAACACUGCAGAAUCCGACAAGAGGGACGGUUGUAUACAAUUGGUACCGUCAAAUUUGAGAGUCUGGUAGAGUUGGUGUCUUACUACGAGAAACAUCCUUUAUACAAGAAAGUUAAACUUUGCUUUCCGAUAAGCGAGAAUAUUGUUCGUCGCUUGAUUGCUGAACCGGAUGAUAGCUCCGUAUAUGGAACACCAGGAUACAUGGAUCCUUCCUCGUUUCCGUCUAAGAUCACAGUAAAAGCCCUAUACGAUUAUAGAGCUAGACAGGACGAUGAAUUGUCGUUCUGUAAACACGCGAUAAUUACAAAUGUGGAUAAACCUGAUGAAGGUUGGUGGCGUGGAGACUACGGCGGCAAGAAACAUCACUGGUUUCCCGCUAAUUAUGUGCAAGAGAUUGAAGUUCCUCAUAUGCCCAAUAUUGCGUGCCUUGAAAAUGAAUCGGCAGCACUUGGCGCUUUACAAAAAGGUGUCGUCGAUGUUUUAGGCGCCGUAGUUGAACUCGUUGUUGGCGAAGAAAGUGGAUCCGCGCGAUGGAUUGUUCGCAUCCAAAGUCCCUCUAUGUGCGCUCCAUUUGAUAUGGCUGCACCGACCAGAGAGAACGCCCUAGAGUGGCUCUCAGCUAUAAAGGAAGCGGCCCAUAGUGCGAGUGCCCGCUCGUUAAAGCAUAGAAAAAUGGAACGUACCUGGCGUAUUGCUAAAGAAAUGUCUGAUCUCAUAGUCUACUGCCGGUCAGUUACUUUUAACCAAGAAAGGAUACGCAACAAAGGAUUCAUUUUCAACGAGAUGUCAUCGUUUCCUGAAACAAAGGCCGAACGGCUCAUGUGCUCCCAAGAGACUGCGUUCUUUAUGAAAUACCACGCCGUGCAGCUUAGCCGAAUCUACCCCAAGGGUCAAAGAAUCGACUCGUCGAAUUAUAGCCCUUUACCAUUCUGGAACGCCGGCUCGCAAAUGGUUGCACUGAACUAUCAAACUCCGGACAAAGCGAUGCAAGUCAAUAUGGGAAAGUUUAAAGAGAACGGUGGUUGUGGGUAUAUAUUGAAACCGGAAUAUAUGUUCGACGAAAACUACAGCCCAUACGAUAAACGGUAUAUUGAGAGUAAAGUGAGGCCGUUGACGGUGAAGUUGCGUUUGAUAGGUGCUAGGCAUCUGUGCAAAACGGGCAGAGGAACAGCGAGCCCCUUUGUGGAAGUCGAAAUAUUGGGCGCAGAGUAUGACAGCGGCGUCAAAUUGGUCUCCAAGACUGUUGCUGAUAAUGGAAUAAAUCCAAUAUGGAAUGAUAUCUGUGAAUUCGUCGUUGGGAAUCCAGACAUGGCUUUAAUUAGGUUUGUCGUUCAAGAUGAAGAUGUAUUUGGCGAUCCCAAUUUCGUUGGUCAAGCCGUGUAUCCCUUGAAAUGUCUGCGUACAGGUUACCGAUCGGUAACUUUAACUAAUGCUUAUUCUGAGGAACUAGAAUUAUCCUCACUUCUCAUUUUUAUAUGUAUGUCAUAUUAGUCAUUCUCGAAUAUAUUUGGUAUACUUAUGUGCGUUUUGAAAUUCGUUGUGAGAAACCUCUAAAAUUGCCGCUGUUAUUUUAGAUGAAGUUUUAAACUGUCAUCUAGAUAUUGGCAUAAAUUAUACGUAUAUAAAUAUUAUAAAUUUAUACGUAUAUAAAUAUAUAUAACACUUUAGUAAAACUUCGUAAAAAAGUUUAUAAGGUAUAGGAGCUAAAUGAUAGCGAAGCCUAAUAGUAUUUUAACAGAAUAUAUUCAUAAAAGUACAUUUCUACUUUCAACGUUUUAACUUAAAGUACUUUUUUCAACACAUUAGAAUUUGACAAAGACGAUAUAAAUCAAUAAAUUAAACAAUUUAUGUUUUUUAAUUCAUUAAUAAAUUUAAUUUAAUAUAUUUUUAAUUUAUUACUAUUAUUUGCUUGGCUUGUCUUGUGACAAAGGCCUCCCACAAGUGUCGCAAUAUUGUCCCUCUCUGUUCUAUUGCAUUCUAUACUCUUAUGUUAUCUUAUGUCCUACCUGUCUUCCCUUACUUCUUUUGUAAUUUAAGGUACUCUGUUACCUCUGCCAUUCUUUCCGUUCUCCUCUUACGAUGUUUACUAACCCACCCAAUUAUUGCCAUUUCAGUAUUUUGACUCCCUUUUCCAUGUUCUUUUGGUAGGAGACUAAAGAUUACUUAAAAGAGCGCAAUGAAUCUGUUAACCUUUAUGAAAUAUUAUCUGUGUUCGAAAAUUUGUUAGACUUAGGUGGUGAACUACGCAUUUUUUAUGUUAUAGCAAUAUUUGGUUCUGCGAUAUGGAAUACAUGAUUGUAUUAAUAGUUUUAUUGUUAUAAAUGUUAUGUAUCAAUCCAUUGCAUAAUAGAAGAUAUUAUUAUCUAUAUAAUGUUAGUCUUUCUAAAACGCAUAAUAUUUUUAUGUAAGUUAUUUUAGGUCUAAGUUCACGUUAUUUAAAUUGUGAUUUUAAAUAAAAUGUAGACUGAUUAUUACUGACACAAUAAAAAAUAAUCAGGAUUGCUUCUUUCUAAACUAGUGGCUAUUAUAAGCCUGAGACGCUAUAGUCAAAAUUAUAUGAAGAGUUACUUCGAAAUAUAUGUUGUCUAGAAGCCGAGUGAAGGACUAGACAGCCCUGUGACCGUCAAAUGUAUUAUUGCAUUUAUUUUUAUCAUACUAUCAUUUCGUCUACUGUAUCUUUGAUAUAGUACCCGGUUUCAGUGUAUG